GUUUAACUGUUGAGUUAAUAGCUACCUGCUGUUACUGUGCCCAACAUCUGAACAAUGAAGUGUCUGAACUGGGUGUUCCUUUGCUGCCUGAUACAGAUUAUUAUGGUACAAGCAAGAAAGCCUCCAAACUUCCUGAAGAGUCAUAUUAUUGGAGGACAGGAAGCAAUCCCUCACAGCAAACCCUACAUGGCUUAUCUGUCUAUAAAUACUUCAUGCGGUUUAAUGGCUUGUGGUGGGUUUUUGGUUGGACCCGACUGGGUGAUGUCAGCAGCUCACUGUGGCAUUGAUAGCAGAAACAUAACUGUACUGUUGGGCGCUCACAACAUAGCACAGCAAGAGGAAUCACAGCAAACCUUUGGAGUGCAGCAAGUUUACAUCCCCCCUCUUUAUGUUCAUGAAACUGCAGAGUCUGGUAAUGACAUUAUGCUCUUGAAGGUGAGACACACAGAUGUGCCUCUCACCAGGCUGAAUGAGGAGAAAGUCACAGAUUUCUGGCUAGUAGAGCUGGGAAUACAAAACUUGUUUGGAGAGCUGAGAGAAAGUCCUGCAUAA